AGAAAAGCGAAUGAAACAAGAAAGAAUACCGAUUGGUUGACAUGUUUUUACGUGUUGACGUCAAAUUAUAACCCGGAAAUCCCGCCUCGGGCAAGCGCAAAAAUAAAAACUGACGCUAGUUUAACCGCUAGCACAAGUUCAUAAACAUGGCUCUCGGGGACUGCUGGAAGAACUUGUCGUGGUUCUACCGCCAGUAUCUUCUAGUGACAGCUCUAUACAUGUUGGAGCCGUGGGAGAGAACCGUCUUCAACUCGCUGCUGGUCAGCGUGGCUGGUAUGGCAGUGUACACGGGUUACGUCUUCAUGCCCCAGCACAUCAUGGCCAUCCUGCGCUACUUCCAAAUGGUCCAGUGACGACGACAUUGGACUGUAAGGUUCCAGCUGCCAUCUGGUGCAAGUUCUUGUUAAGCAAACUGGACGCUUUCAACGUCCUUUUGAUGGACCAAUCAAUCAUACCUUAAAGAGGAAAUUUUAAUGUUUUUUUUGUUUUGUUUUUGUUCUACAUAUAAGUGAAAACCGUUUGUGGGUGUUGUUACAUCCACAUUGUUUGUAUUUAUAGCACAAAUUCGUGUUCUGUAAUCUGUUUUUGGGAGGGGAAAUGUUAUAAAGUAGAAUGUUUUAAUCAAUCGAGCUCAUAGUCUCCCACUUAGUAGCCAAGUGAUUAUAGACUUUGGUGCUGUAGUGUAUACUUGGGGAAAAAAUUGCUGAGUAAUCUCUCAGUAAAGUACUUCAGUAGGAGUACAGAUGCAGAUAUACAAGUAGAGAAUAGGCAUGUGGCAGUAUGAGAUUUUGACGGUAUGAUAACAAAAUUACUGCGGUUUCCCGGUAUUCUAAUUAUAGCUGUCUAUAAUGUAUUAUUUUUAGAUGUAUGGGUUAAUUAUUUUUCCCAUUGAACAGGAUUUGUUUUAUUUUUCACAACAUGUUAGAUUAGAUUAGAACAACAACAUGGAUAUAAUGUUAAAAUAAAUAAAAUAAAAAAAUAAUAAAUAAAAUUUUAACAGAACUUAUAGAUAGGCAUGUGCCGGUUACCGGUUUCAAGGUUUACUGUGGUAUGAAAUUAUUUCAUUGCUUUUAUGAAAUUAUAGAAAUGCAAUAAAGAAAUCCGAUUUUUGAUGUUUUUAUUAUGAGGUUUUGAAAACCAAAAUGGAACGUGCAUAAUACGCACCUUAUCUGGGCAUGUCUUUGAUUUUCUUUAUUAUCUUGGUUUUGUUUUUGAAGUGUGCGCAGAAGCAUCAAAACGACCACACAUGCUGGCUCAACGUCAUUCAAAGGUGAUCAUAUUUUGAUAUCCAAAAAGAGGACAUAAAUAAUCCCCGUUUAGUCUUAUAUUCAAAGUUUUUAUGGAUUGAUAGCAUGCACGCACUGUCAGUGCAUGACACACACACAUACGGACAGUUUGCGACUCUCUGCCGUGUAAGCAGUCUUGAAAUAUUGUUCAUAUAGAGCAGAAAGAUAACAGCAUUCUCAGGCUUAUCCUCAACCCAUUUGAUUUUUUUAUGACUGAUGUCAAGCCCGAUUCUUCCCCAAAAGCUGUGUUCAAGGCAAGCAAGGCGCUAACUCACAGCUGCACCGCUACCGUAGCGCCCAGUCUCUCUCGCUUUUUGCUUGCUUAAUUGCAGCAUGUACUCCAGUUUGGGAGACUUGACAGUUCAGACCGCCCGCCACAUUCUGGAAAAAUGUGGCCCAGAUCGGAUUCAAACCACAUACGAAAGUGACCGAGAUCAGAUUUGAAAUGGUCCACUUCUAUGUUGUCGUUAACUUGUCAAGACCGUCAAGUUAAUGCCUCACUGGAGUCGGAAAAACACGAAAAAAUCGGAUUCGUGCAUUGCGGUAUGAACCUAGCCUUAGUCCUUCAGGAGUAAUGGAAUCGCACUUUUUACUCGGUACUGGGCAGUCAGCAGGUGUUGUGGCUUUUUUACAACUGCCAUCUGCCUGGCAUCCCGCCCUGCUGAUAGAAACGUGUGUUGCUAUGACUCAAAUCUUCGUUGACAGAAAUGUUGAAAUUUAACUUAUUCAACACAUUUUUACAGCAUUAGCAAAAGUUAAGAAUGAUUUUUGUCCUCCUACAGAAACCAUAUCAAAACAAAAAAUAAUUUCCCUCAACCAGCUUUGUCAAUUUUUAAACAUUUUUGAAAAUGCUCCAGGGAGCCACUAGGGCAGCGCUAAAGAGCGGCUCUCAAAAUAUGGUUUGCCGACCCCCAGUAUAGUCUAUAAGUUCUAUUUAAUUUUAUUUAAAAUAUUUGUUAUUUUUUGUUAAUUUAUUUAUUUUAACAUUAUAUUCAUGUUCCAACUUGCAAAUAUGUUGUGAAAAAUAAAAAAUCUGGUUCAAUGGAAACAUUUUUUUUUUUUAACCCAGACAUCUCAGAAUAACACAUUUUAGAGCAAUAAUUGCAAAACCGUGAUACUGUGAAACCAUGGUAUUUUUUCUUAAGGUUAUCAUACCGUCAAAUUAUCAUACCGGCACACUAAACCCACAGCCAAACCUCAAGUUGCUAAACAUUAGAACAAAAAUAAUUAUUUUCCAUAAAAAAGUAAAAACACUUCUAAAACAUUUUUAAUACAUAUAUUGCAGAUAUUUGACUGACUUUAAAGCUCCAUCUCAACAUUUUUAAAGACCUGCUCACUUUCUGCAUAUUGCUGUAUCCAAGUUAGGAUGCAGUAAUGCAAGUAUGUUUACCUUUUUUGGGUUAAUAUACCACUAUUACUAUUAAUAUUAAUUAGUUGAAUAUUAAUGGAGAGUGAGCGCAAAGCUUGUAUCAUUACUUAUACGUGAUAUACACACACACCCUCUCUCAACACAGAACGUCGUCAGAGAGAAAAAUCACAGAUGUUUACAAUGGCGGAAGACUUUACAAAAGCAUGCUAAUAGCGAGAAAACUAGUUCGCCGUCUUGGCAUGCUAAGUAGCCACGUUAACAAGCUUACAUUAUCUUAUUUGUUUUACCAUCGCUAGACACAGGAAACACGCUGGAGUGAACUCUCGUAGCUGGUGGGAAACGUUCAUGACAGCGUUUACUUACCUUAAAUUUUGAGUAAAGUGACAGAUGAUGGUCAUGGAAAUCUGAAAUCAUGUUGGAGGUGUUGCCUGCACGUCAGCUGUCCAUCCUCCUCUAAGCCGCGGCUGUCUGUUUCUUUUUGGUAGUCGAAAUACUCCCAUACUGGACUAGACUUUUUUGAGGGGGUUUUGAAAAAGCUCUGGUGUAGUUUUGACAGCGACAGCAGUGUAACCAACGCAUAGGACAGAGCAACAACUGGAGGGGAGGGCUGAGCGCUGCAGCUCCAAGCCUUUUCUCGCUGCAAUUUUGGGACAUAAAAAAUAGCGAAUACCAUACUACGGAAUGACGAAAAUUUUUAGUUUUUUUUAAACUGACGUUUUCAUACGACGGGAAACCUUGGAACCGGUUACCAGCACAUGCCUGAUAGAGAGACAAGUAUUUUUUAAAUACCUAGCCUGUGUACUUGAGUUUUAGUAUUAUUUCUACUCAAGGCUAGCAAAUUUGAAACCUGCAGGGACCAACAAGUCUGCAAUUAAUCAGUGCUGAUACAAAAAUAAAUAAUCGUCCCCUGAGAAACAAUGGAUACUGGCCUAUGCUUCAUUGCUACCAAGUUUCAAGAUGAUCGGUCAACCCCCUUCUGUAAAUUAAUUUUCAAAUAAUAUUCAGAUUUGCUACUUUAGUAGAAGUAAAGAUACUUGUAUAAAGAAAGUUCUGUAAAAAUAAGAGUACUCUUACUGUGUGCUUAAAGUGCCUGUGACACGAAAAAGCAUGUUUAUUUCAUAAUACACGCGAUAUUUUAUGCCCCUGAAUGAAAUGGACCACUUGGAUGUGUGAAGAAGCGAGAGAUAUUUAUUCAAUUUUUUAAAUACCGGGCUCAGAAAAUCACAGACUUACAGCUUCUGUCUUGCAUUGAGGAAGAGGGCGCUGUGACGUGUACAGGAGAAGGAGUCCUCUUCACUAUACAGCCGUACUGUUGUAUGAGAAGGACUGAGGAUUCAGCUGAUUUUGCGGAUUAAUCCGUUUAUUUUUCGCAUCACGCUAGCCAAACGGCUGCAGAAAAAUCUUGCUGUACGAGGGAGAGGCGUGUUCGCCUAUUUGGGGUUUCAAAAGGUUCCCAUUCACUGGUAGAUAUUGGCCAAAACAAGCCUUACUACUGUGGGACCAUAGGACUUACGGGGAAGUCAGUAAACUUUGUGUUUUGUAUUAUGCCAAAUACUGGGAUCAUUUUAAUAUGUAGGUGGCUUGCAUUUUGUGGCUGACAUGCUCCUUGUCCCCUCGGCCGACGACCAGCGGCUUUUCGCACAUCCCCCCGCUGGGAGAGCACUAUACUCUGCUUAUUGCCCUCUUCAUGUGCCGGGUGUUCUGUCAAAUUUUCCAACCGAUCAGAAAUUGCAACUUUGUGUUAAAAAUAGCCGCGAAUACAGCGAUUACAAAGUAAACACUACAAACUUUUUUUAAUAAAGGACUACUUACGUUUGAUCAUGGAUGGGCAUGUAAAAAGCUCUCCGCAUACACAUAUUGUCAUGUUAGCUGCAUAACAACUGCAGCCGCCCUCCUUUGAGUCUCUCGCUGUUUACGACUUCGCCGCGUAGUAAAGCAUUAUUUUGCCAUAUUCGUGUUAAACAUUUGGCAGCUACACGCUCCUCCGAUGUCGGCUGGUUUGUCCGGCGGUCAUUGUCCAGCUGCUUCCUCGCAAACCAGCCCUCUGCCCUCAGCAGGGGAACAACGAGCUCUAACUUGUUCACCGCCGGGCUGGUUGCCGAUCGGUGAAGACAAUCGACAACCCAGUCGUCAUGUGAAAUGAUGCGGGCUAGUUAUGUGUGAUUUUCCGCUUCGAAGACUUUGAAACACCCCGGUUCGGGUUAGCAUGACAACUAGCUGUCACGCCUCUUGGUUUGUUUACAUUCUCCGAAGCCGGGGAAGGGAAAUGACAUAAGCCUGUCUUAGGUGGCAUAAAAUAUCCUUCGGGAGGUGCAGCAGUAAAGGUGAAGUCGACAGUUUUGACCAUUAUGGUGUAAUUUUGCCAUGUCGUUCUGAACAAAUGCAUUUUUAUUAUUUCAUAUUCCAUUUAGCACAAGACUGUUAUUUGUCAUGACUAUGCCAUUUAUUUAGAUGUUGGGGGAAAAUACUGGGAUAAAACGAAUAUCCUGUAAAAAUAUUGGUGUAGAGAGACUGAAACAGUGACAUUUUGCGGCUCUCUUCGUCGCGUUUCAGCGUUCUGAAUGAUUCCCCCUCAACGGGCUGAAUAGUAAAACCGAUGAGCCCAUUCUCCCGCUGAUGUCAUCCACCUGUUGGGGACGCUAGAGCCCUAUAAUGGUAGGCGUGGCUAACAGGCAGAUUAAAAAACAAAUUUUUCAUCAUCUGCUCUUUGCUAAAUUGUUGAAUAUAGUCGAAUCAUCUCAAAAUAUGAUUCCAAUUCACAUAAUAAUGCUAUUUAAGACUUUUUUUCCCCUCCUGUCGUACGCACUUUAAGUACAAAUGGAAAAGCAUCAGUAAAGAUCUGCUUAAACUUUACUUGAGUAAAAGUACAGAUACUUAUGUGAGCACAAAGUACUGAUUCAUCACCUUCAUGUCAUUACAAGUAAAGAGGUACUCCGUUAAGUAGUCGUCCAGAUACUUAUGUCAGAAAUGACCACUGGUUUUAGAAGUACAGUCAGUGGUACCUCUACUUACAAAAUUAAUUGGUUCUGGAAAUAGUUUCUUAACCGGAAAAUUCUGUAAGUAGACCCGCAUUUUCCAUGUAUAUGCCCUAAUCUGUUCCAAGCUCCCCCAAAAUUCAGACACAAAUCUUUUAUAAAGCAUAAAAAUGCACCAAAACAUGUAAUAAAUACAUAUUACAAUUAGAUUAUUGUACAAUAAACAAAAUGAGAAUGAGAAAAAUAAUGGUCAUUUACCUUUUAACUGCAGUCCUCAUCUCCUUUUGCCCUCAUCAAUCACCAAUUGUUUGAAUUUUUGCACAAAUUCGUCGACCGCUUUGUGGUCGGCUCUACUUGCCUCACCAUGCUGAACAACAGAGUGAAUUCCGGUCCUGUUUUUGAACUUCUUGAACCAUCCACGUGAUGCCUUAAACUCUCGGUGUUGUUCUUGCACUGACAUUUUUAUGUUGUUCUUGCACUGACAUUUUUAUAACGGGCUGAUUGUUGAUGUGUUACGGCCAUAUUCUUUGGCGAGAUCAACCAAAUGCACCCCUUUUUCAUACUUUCCUAUUUUCUCUUGCUCUGUUUGUAUCGACAAAAUAACCCUUUUCUUCUUUUCUAUUCCUCUUUUUGCCAUCACUUUAUUGGGGGCCACAGUGAAUAAAAGUUCAUACGUACACCCACGAGGAGCCGCCAAGAGACCUUACAGUGCUAAUUAAGAGGACGCCAUAGAAACAUAUAUUGUACAGUGUUACCCAAUUGGAUGCCAGGAAGAUGCUUGGCAAUAGCCAUUGGAAGAGCAUCUACAGUGCCCUCCAUAAUUAUUGGCACCCUUGAAAAAGAUGUGUUUUUUAGCUUCUAAUAUUUUUUUUAAUUCAGCUAAUAUGGGACCUU